AUGGCUUCGACCGUGGACAUAGCCUUCGUCGUGACGCAGCGCCACAACCGCGAUCACGAGGUAGACAUCAAGCAGUUGAUCGACAACGUCUACAAGCCACCGGACGAGAAGAAGGUCAUCCACUAUGUCAACGAUGGCCUGAACCGCGCACUCCGCGGCAACCCACCGCCGCGAGAGCGCCCAGCAGACCACGAGGUGCCCAGAUAUGAGAACUAUUGGCAAGCGAGGUACCUCAUGGAGGCUCUUGCGGAUGCGAUCGCGCUCGUGGAGAACUCCAACGGAGGCAAACUGAAGCCGUCGAAAAUGUUCAAGCGCAUGGACUUCGACAACGACGGCUACCUUAGCAUCUCGGACCUCCGCAGCGCUUGCGAGAAGUUCAAGAUCCCGAAUUCAAGCGCUUCGGGCUGA